AUGAAGUGGCAGCGGCUUGAGACGGCCAUCUAUUUCCUGCAGUCCGGCGCGUCCAUGGGAGUAGUGAACAAAAGGAGGCAGUCGGCCGAAAGACUCGCGACUGUCGAGCUGGCGCGCGAGCUGCAUUCACGAAUGCAGGAGUGGGCCGAGCCGCCCACGAGGAAGCGCAAGCGAACCGAGGAGGAGGAGGACGGCGGUGCGGCGGAAGGUCCCCUGGCACUGGAAGAGUGGGCCACGAGACCCGGCAAAAUGCCGAAACUGGCCAGGACCGACUCCGAUGAGUGUGAGGAGAGCGGAGGUACGCCGGCGCUUGCGGUUGUGGCGGAGAAUGAAAGCCACACCGUGACGGUCGUCACCGCAGACGCCCUGGAGGAGGUGAGGGAGCUGCAGAAAAGGCUGGUGGCUUACCAGGCGAAACUCUUCCAGGGGCGCCUCUUUGUGCAGAGCUGCAGAGCACAGGACUUCUGUGCGGCCUUCGGCGGGGCCAAGGAGAAGGACAGCGAGUUCUUCGAGGAGCACUCCGCCAUCGUCGAGGAUGGUGGGCUUGGGAAGGCCGCUUCGCUGGUUCUGGUUGCUCGCGAGAAGGAGAGCGGCCGCGUGGUCGGCUACUGCCGAGCGGACCAUGGAGACGAGGAGCUGCGCAUUGCCCAGCUCAAGGUGCACUGCGACCACCAGCGGAAAGGCGUAGGCAAGCUGCUGAUUCAGGCGGCGGAGACCCAGGCCCUGCGUGCGGAAUGGGCGUUUGAGUCCGUGACCGCGCGCGUGCUGCACUUGAACUCGCAAGCGCAGCAGAUCUUCUUCAGCUUUGGUUUCGACAUCCGCGAUGAGCCAGCCCCAGAUCCGACCAUGAGCAUGCUGUCCAUGUGCGUCAAGAUGAUCCGCCGGGCGAAGCAUGUGCCCGAACCUCCGGUGGAGCAGACCAUCGUCGAACCAUACGAGCCUCGGCUUUCGCAGAAUUCGGCUGCCUUCCCGAAUCCCAACCUCAAGAAGUUCCGCGACCUUGCAGCCAGUCGCGCAAGAGGUGCAGAGAGCCUUCGCGCCGUGGCACCGCAGGGACCGCGCUCGAGAGACACGUGA